AUGCAACCGCCACCGAGGGGCCACUUCACGUCUCCCCUGGUCAGGGAUGAUAACUACAGGCCUCAGCAGCAACAAUCUGGAGAAAUACUCGGCGCCUUUAAUCUCAUUCCCUCCCUGCCGUCCUCAUCCUUCGGCGCACCAAGCGGUCCCAAUAUAAUCCAGAGCAACACAGGCUCUUCCAACGCCCUGGCGUACCCGGACCCGACGUCGUGCGCCUUGUCUUGGACACCCAACGACGCCAACGGGGAUAAAGAGUUGUCCAACGCCUACGAGGCCUUAUCUCCGAUGGGAUAUGGGUCCACAGGUGGACCGACGGCCGUGGACAUUUACAACACGGCGCCGUUCGACUUCUCCGGCAUGCCUGGGUCCGUGGAUCCGGCACCUGCAGAUCCACCCGCGUCUCAGCGCCGUCCCGGCCUCCAGCCCGGGUCGAUCGAUCCAAUACUCUCGGGGGCACCGCACUAG